AUGGAUGGCGAGAUUCACUCAGCGUGGAUCCUCGCAUCUUCUCUUCAGUCCAGACACCAGAAGAUUCGUCUCAUCUUCGACCAGCACACCAGUUCUCCUCUGAAGACUCCUCCUGCUUCAAGUGAGACUUCUGGUCUGUCAGCUUGUUACACUAUGUUUUCAAGCGCCAGUGUCCAGACCUCCCACAUGGUGCUCACCGGAGACAUGCAGGUGUUUGAAUAUUCUGAAGACAUUCCAGCUCUGGUCGAUCUGCCGAUCGACUGCUUCCUCUAUGAAAGUGACCAACAACUUGAAGUGGCUUUUGAGGUUGUUUUGGCUCCAUCUGGAGACGAACUGAGCCCAGACACCUUUUCCAUGGAGACAGAAGAGUCGUCAUCUGAUGACGAAGACCUGAUGUUCAUGCUGGAACCAUGUCCAAACUCUUCUACUUCUGAGUCGGACCAAGAUGAGUCUGAUUCUCAGGACGAUAGUGAAUCUGAAUAUGUGGAGGACAUUUACUGGAACUUGAGGGUCACAGAGGAGCGGUUCAGACCAAAGCUGGGCUACAUGGACCACCUCCCCCAGAUCCUCAAGGACCUCAGGUCUAACUUAGUAGACAAGCUGACCCGGGUUGUUGUAGAUCUCCAACUUGACACAGAAACCCUGCAUCUCGCCAUCAACUACUUGGACCGGAUCUUCUCCAACUCCAGAUCAGUGAACCUGCAGGACCUGACUCUCAUCGGGACGACUGCUCUGUUCAUUGCUGCGAAGCACCAGAGCAGGAACCCCCCAGAGGCUCGGGUGUUUGUCCCACGAGAUGGAAGCUACACGAAGAAAGAGUUGCUAGAGAUGGAGUGGCGUCUCCUCAAAACCCUGGACUUCACUCUGUCAGCCCCCACGUCCUACACCUUCCUUCACAUCUUCAUGUCCAUCUACCCUGUUUGUGAGACCACACAGAACCUGGCGGUGUUUCUGGCAGACCUGAGUCUCAUGGACGUGAACUUGUUGGUGCGACACGACUCGUCUAAAGUGGCAGCUGCAGCUCUGUUCAUGGCCAACUACAGGGUCAACAGAGAGAACUGGCCUGAAGACCUGGACCUGUUCUCUGGAUACCCAGUGGAGGACAUUGCAGAUUGUGUCGAUGAACUGUACAAGCUGGAACUCAUCUCCGCCACACGCCCCCUGCAGGGCAUCAGGACAAAGUACAAGAACUCAAUGUCUGUGAUUCAAACUGCCUCCACGUCCCAGUCCGGCUCAUCAGCACCAACCUACUGGAGACCGUUCAACAACACAAUGGGACAUUUCCGUCUCACAGAAUGA